UGCUCCUUGCGCCCCAAGCAGUCGUCCCCUGUUGGUCUGGCCGUCACACUCGGGGCAUCGGACUCGCCAGAGCACCGAGUACCCAUACAUCUGCCGUCCACUUUGCCGAUGGCUCUACGGCCCGCGGUAUUCGGCUUAGGACAUCGGUAACGAUGCUUCGCCCGUCGUCUUGAAAUGGCAUGUUACGGGGACCAGCAAUGUUGAUAUGAUUGCUCGCAUGGGCCGCUCAAUAGUGUUACUGGUCACCCUCACAUUCCCAGCCUCGUUCAUUUUCACUUGAUUAAAAGCCAACACGCAGGUCAUCACAAAGCCCUCUUGCCUCUGUACCGAGCCACUACUUGAACUCUUUGCCUGCAAUUCGUCUACAUACACUCUCGGCCGCCAGGACCAUGCCUCAAGCAUUAAAGCAAGUCUUCACCCUUCGCAUAGACCUGUUACCACCGUUGGAAUUCGGCACAACAUUCAAUGGAGAUCGUCGUUUCAUUCCCAUCACUGGAGGUGUAAUUGAGGAUAGCGACGGACGUGUCGUGGGCGAGAUCUUAAACGGAGGCGGCGACUGGAGCGUAGUACGCUCGGAUGGCGUUAUCCACCUACAUGCAAAGUACAGCAUCAAACUCGAGGAUGGCACGCUGGUAAACAUCACCAAUGAAGGGUUCGGCCGCGCCGCGACAGCCCCCGUGAGCGACAUCUUCAGCGACGACCAAGCAGCAGCACCCCGUGCAGAUCAAGGUGGUGCAUGGUAUAUCAAAACGUGGCCUCGCUUCGAGGUCGCCCCCGGCAAACACGACUGGCUUAAUAAGACCUGUUUUGUGGGUGAUUUGCGGCCGCCGGAGAAGCCAAACCAUGUCGUGGUAGACGUCUACGAGCUGCUCUAGAAAGACGGUCAGACUGAGUCAGAGUUUCAGUGCGCCACAAGAGAGCCACGAGAUGAUUGGAGUGUUUGCAGGAAGUGGAGUAAAGUAGGGGCCGUUGAGUAGGGUAAAGGUAGGCUCCACUCGGCUAAAGCCUCGGGGGAAGUCCGGGGAUGCGAGCCGAUGUAGAUAGGAAUGAGGCGGGCUCCGGAACUGAAGGAAGCCCUGCAUCUCAUAGUCGCUCCAAAUGAAAGUUACCGGAAUCAACUGCGUAUUCCGCGU